CGCAGCUCGCGCGCGGCGCUGGCGUCGGAGGAAUCUCUGGCAGUGAGAUUGGGAAGAAGAAGAAGUGGGCGCAUGCGAGAAAACAAGGAAAACGGGACUUAAAUGUGUGAAAAACCGUGAAAAGCGCAGUGAAAACACCUUCUCCCGAUUGUUUGUUUGAUGGAUUCAGACUCGGACAUUGGCUUUGUGGACAAAGACAGCGGAAUCGUAUCAAUGAGCGGCAGCAAAGAUGAGACACCGGAACGUCGCUCGACAGAACCCUCGAAUGCUAUAACAAAUACCGAUGGGGACACAUCUGCGGAGAAUUACGAGGAUGAGCCAGAUGAGUCCUUCGGGGAGCGUCUGUGGGGCCUCACGGAGAUGUUCCCGGAGCCUGUGCGCAAUGUCUGCUCCACCGUGACGGAUUUAUCCACGCGGAGUGUCAAGUCCAUCUUCAAGUUGACCUGCAACGCGUCGUGGAUCUUCUUCACCAGCUCCAUCCUCCUGUUCGUGCCAGUGUUCAUCGAAGUAGAGCGUGCCCAGCUGCAGGAGGAGCAGCGCAACCAGCAGAAGCGGGCCCUACUCGGACCCAGUUCCGCUCUGGCCGCCUCACCAGGAGGAAUGCCUGCCUUGCCACCAAUGGCUCGAUAAUCCGGAACACGUCCGGACAUGCUAUCAACACUCCUCUGUUCUCUGGAAAUUUAUAGUCGACCUGAUGCUGGAGGAUUGUCUAAAUUACAAGAAAGGAUUAGCAUUUAGAGAAA